CUUUCAUGCGCGCCAUCAAGAGAAACUACAAAUUUACAUUCCUCGUUCUUUAAGAUCUGUUGAGUAAUAAGCAAUCACAAAUGAGUUCAAGGAAAAGAAAAGCAAGUUUAAAGGUUUUAGAAGAGCAGGCUAGGCUCCAUGAAAUGGAAGAGAUGAAGAACCAGUCAUGCCCCGAGGAGGGUUGUGACAGCCUGGGGCACACAAACAAUGUCAGUGCCAGGCACAGAGGAUCAAAGUUUUGUCCUUUGAAAAGACGCAGAAUGUUUGGACUGGAUGGUCCUGCAUCAAAAGUUCCAAGAGUUGAUGUAAAAACUGAACCAGUUCCAGUGGGCGGUCCCAGUCUGAUGGUCAAGGUCAAAGAUGAGCCAAUAGAUUAUAUGGAAGUUCAAGUACUGCCAUCUUCUAGUGUAACCUUUGCACACACUGAACCUAAGACAGAAACUGACUCUGAUGUUAAUGAUGGUGAUAGCGACUUAAGCAACUUGAACAAGAUAGAGGAACAGUGUGCUGCUAUUGAAGCUCGUGAAAAACGAGAAAACAGCGUUGAGCUUGCUCUUAGUGCAGACGCAAUUCAACAGCAAGUUCUAAACCUUAUACCUAUUGAAUCAGGAGGAGAAAAUCGUCAACAGGAAUCUGAGGGGCACCAAGAAUCUCAGAGUCAUACAUCACAGGAAAACUCAACAACUAUCACACUUGAACCAAAUAAGCUGUUAGAGUACAUCAAUGCUAAUAUGCUAAUUAAAGAGCCCGUCAAGGACAGUGUGUUGAGACAUGUGUUGCAAAAUGCACUUGUAAAUGAGCCUCCACAGCCAACAAAUAGCUUUGAUAUAGACACACAAAUCGUUAACAAUCGGUCAACACCUUCACCAGUUGUUGAGAUAAAGGAAGAGAAUGAAACAAAAAGUGGGAAGGGGAAAAAUAAAUCUCGCACCCAAACAUCAGAGGGUGGGGAUAGCGACGAUGAAGAUGAUGGAGAAUACAUGGUGCUUGCCGAGUGGACAGACGGGAAACUUGAGGAGAUCGGGGCUGAACGAGACGACCCCAAGGUCAUCCGCAAAAAGAAGGGCAGGGAAACUGACACAUCUUACAGUGCCAGAUGUCCCAACCCUGGUUGUAAAGGUGAAGGUCAUAUUACAGGACUAUACACUCACCACAGAAGUUUAUCUGGUUGUCCAAAGAAAAAUGAAGCCCCAAGCACAGUUGUUGCUGUGCAUGAUUAUGCGACAGGGUGCCCGACUCCUGGUUGUAGUGGACGAGGUCAUGUUAAUCCUAGCAGAACAACACAUAGAAGUGUGUCUGGGUGCCCCAUCGCAGCCAUGGGAAGGCUGGUGGGUGGGGAAAAAAGUCGCAAGAAACAGAACUACCACCUUGUGAUUCUGCCGAAACAAGAUGAUCAGUCGAAGGCCAUUCUAGCUGCCUGCACCGAAUCUCAGCUCAUCAAACUAGCAGCUAAACAGAUUUUUGCGGGGGACAAGGUUCCAAGUUCAGGAAAGGCCAUGCAGCCAAUGAUUCUUGCCAAGAACUUCAUUUCAUCUUCUGCCCUCUCACAGAGGGGUGAUCUGGUCCGCGAGUUACAAAGACUGGACAGACUGAAGACGGGGCAGUCUCCAUUGCCUGAGCCCACUGCUCCUGUCAUUUCAAUAGAAGAAGAAAAACCUCCUGAGCCACCAAGGCCUUCAAGGCCUGUUCAACGGGAUCGCCCAAACAUACUUGGCAAGAGGCGCCCACAUCGCCCGAAAUCAAGGUCAUCAUCUACAGAUUCUAAUUCAUCCUUGUCAUCUGUAGCUUCAAACCAGUCAUCAGCAAGCUCUGUUGCUUCAAUCUCAUUUGCUGAAAAAGAAAAGGCAGCAAAAUUGGCUCAAUCCACAAAAAAGACAUAUGAAGCUACUAAAGUCAUUGCCUCUCUUAUGCAGCAAAGACCUGAUAUCAAUGAUGUGGACUUGUUAGAUAAGAUUACAAAGAGAACCGAACGAGAAAAGGUUUCUUCUGAUUUUUUGAUAAAAAGCAGUCAACGAGAUAAUGGAGGAAUGCCUAUUCCUGCUGAUGCACUUAUUACUAUUCCAAAUCCUUCGUUCCAAAGACCAGAAAGAGAAAGUGUACUGAAUGAUUUGAAUACAUCUACAAUGAACAUUAUGCACAAACCAACUAUUUCCAAAGGGAACCUACUUGAGAUGACAACAACUGCUAAUUCAGAUGCAAGUGUUAAAAAUUCACAGAUCCCCUCAACACUUAAAGUUCCAGUUAGUUCUGAUUCAGACUCCAGCACUGUAGAGCUACCCUUGCUUUUGCCUGUUUCAACAGAUAAAGCUUUUGCAGCGGAGCCGGGGGAUGUUGUGAUGCCACAAGGUGACGGCAGGGAAGCAACAUGUAGCCCAGAGUUCAUGCAAGAGAGCCCAGAUUCCUGUUGCAAGUCUGUUUGCCUGUCAAGCAUGCUUUGUGGGCCCAGAGAUUUGCUAACAUGCCCCACCCCAGGGUGCGAUGGCUCGGGGCAUGUGUCAGGCAAUUAUACUUCCCACCGAAGUCUUUCUGGCUGCCCAUUGGUCGAUAGAGCCACAGUACAGGCCAAUCAGGUCGAGCAGAAGUGCCCAACCCCAGGAUGUGAUGGCUCUGGUCACGUGACCGGAAACUACACCUCCCAUCGGAGUCUCUCCGGAUGUCCGCGGGCCGCUAAGCUGAAGAAGAUCCUUGGUAAAGAGAUUGAGAAGAGAGAUGAUGAGCCACUGAAAUGUCCCAUACCCGGCUGUGACGGGUCUGGUCAUAUCACAGGCAAAUACCUCUCCCAUAGAAGUGCCUCAGGAUGUCCACUGGCCAGCAAGUACAAGAUGCAGCGCCACCUGUUUACAGGUAUCGAGGAUAGCAUUGACAUCGCCGCUGCUCUCAAAAUGGAACCUUGUGUAUGCCCUACUCCUGGUUGUGAUGGAUCUGGCCAUGUGAACGGGAACUUUGUAUCGCACAGGAGCCUGUCGGGAUGUCCACGGGCCACACAGGCAAUGAAGAAGGCCAAACUGUCGCCCAUCGAGCUGGCUGCUUUGCAACAGAAAGUCGAGAAUGGGGAAGACCUGAAUGCCGACAAGCUGUUGGAGCAGCUAGACUCAGAAAUUGCUGACCUUCGAAGCACUAACAUGACUGAGGAGUCUAAAGUUAUCAAGCUCAAGGCCGAGGUCGCUUGCAUGGAAAGCAGGGUGCAGCAGAAUGAACGGGAGUUAUCAAUGUUGGGAGCCCAGAACAGGCAACUUGACGAGUACCUUCGAAAUGUCCGCCAUAAGAUCAUGUCCAGUCUCAACCUCGUAAACGUGCCUGCUGUUGAAGAGUUGAUUCAGGAGGAGAAUUUUGACAGUUGCCUCAGUCUAAUACAUACGUUGUAUUCCACUAGGGUGUCUGACGGCGAUCACUUUAUCAAAAAUACAAUCAAAGUGGCAGUUUCUGAUAUUCAGGUUGCUUGAUACUGCAAGACUUUACCAAGAUUUUACUGGUGUUGUGGGAAUAACAAACUGUUGAUUCCGAGGUUAGCACAAGCUAUUUCUUACAAGUCAACAGAGGCUUGAAUGCGCGAAACCUAUUUAAAAUUUUGUUAAAACUGUUCGAAAUUGCUCACAAUGCCUAGCUUUUAGACUAAUAUUUAUCACAUUUUUAAUACUUUUUUGGAGAAAUUGCUGAGAUUCAUAGGUUUGUCCAUUUUUCACAGAAAAAAAAAUGAAGCUAUUGAUAUAGCCUUGGUAAUGUCAGCGUCCUCCGGGUGCAAAAACUAUAACCUUUGCCAUUACUUUCAAGGUAUUCAAAUGACACUAUGUACAUAUGUUGCCAGGUACAAUAUGCACAUGUUUAGCAAGGUCUAUAACUCUGGUCUCAAUUAUUGUCAAGUAAUGCCCCUUGUUUGACUUACAAAAAAAACAUACAUUUGCGUUUCCUCCGUGACAUUCUCACGGUAAUAAUGAAAACUAUGGUAUUGCUUGUACUAUGCUUGGCAUAAAGAUGACAAUUACUCUUGAUAAUCAGGUUGUUCUUGCAACCAGUUGAAUAAAACUUGAUAUUUCUUUGGUUUGGUCAAAGGAAGCCAAACAGAGUUUGGUAGGUCAAUAUAUGUCCAGUAAUUGCCAUUGACCAAUCAUAUAAUUUAGAAAUGUAAAAUGGCCAAAAAUAAACUGGAUGACUUAUCCAAGUUUAUACAAUCAGUUGCUGGACAUUUUGCUUUGAAAUUUUGUAUAGCAUCCUGGGUUUGGACAUGUAACUUGUAAAUAUUUUGAAGGCUCACUGCAAGAUAGGCAACUCUUUCCUGAAUUAUGUCUGUCUUGCUAAAAUAGAUUUUCAAUUUUUACUCUGUUUUGUAUUACAUUUUUAUUUUAACAUAUGAAAAAUUAUCCAAAUGCUGCGCAAGUGUUUUUAGCCAUUAAUCACUAUCAGUGAGUCUGUUGAUUGCUUUAACUGGGUGAGUUUUCUUUGCAUUUGAUAUUUGUGUUCCAUAACAAGAUUUCCCAGUAUCAGUUUGAGAAGAUUUGGAUUUGAAAAGAUUUGGAUUUGAAAAAACAUGAGCAAAAUUGAAACCCUCACAAAGUUAAAGUAAUCAACAGUUGUUCAAAAUUGGAAAAAAAGAACAGGGAAUCUGACACCAAGUAUACCUCUUAUAUAUGUUAUAAUGUAACAUGUGCUAAUAUGUGGAUAGAUAUACCUCUUAUUUCAUGCUGGUGCUUUACUGUGUAUUAUGUGAUGUUUUCAAAUUUUCAAUAUUUCACAAUCAUUUUAAGCUUUUGUUUGGUCUUGAAGAAAAUCUUGAUGAUGUGUUGUAAACUAUGCUCAUUACUUCUGUACAAAAGCAUGUUUCUAGGCUAUAAAUUUUGAAACCUUUAAUGAUAAUCACAUAAAGCUUGUUUAAAAUUACAUUGUAUUUUAAGCAAGUCUGGUCACUCUGGUUACAAAUUUGUUAAGUUGUGGCCCUUAAAUUACAUUUUAUUUUAAGCAAGUCUGGUCACUCUGGUUACAAAUUUGUUAAAUUGUGGCCCUUAAAUUACAUUGUAUUUUAAGCAAGUCUGGUCACUCUGGUUACAAAUUUGUUAAGUUGUGGCCCUUAUAUGCCUUUAUAUCAGGAGAGGAAAACAAAUAAUGGUAUCAGAUUCCAGUGCCCUUGUAUGUUAAUCCAACAGCUAUAUUUCCAUUUCCGACAUAAUAUUGCCUUUAAAAUUGCAUAAGAAAAUUAUUUCACAAUUAUUUAAAGGGGCACAAUAUAAAAAGUUUUGAAUAUUGUUUUAUCUGAACACAAAUCAUGAUGGUGUUUUUUUAUCAUUAAAGUGAAAUGAGUUACACAUGAUUUGGCAUUAAAAUUAAAAAAAAAUUGGGCAUCAAACCUAUAUUGUGCCUCUUUAAUAUAGUAGAUUUGCUGCGCAGUCACCAUUGAAUUUUACCUUUUGAUUUAGGGACCAUUGGCAUCUUAUUGCUCAAUCAAUAUUUUAUUAUUGUUAACAUGAUCAUGUCAUACUUCUGUUUUGUUGUGCAAUAUUCUAUGUUGUGCUUCUUUACAUCUUAAAAAAUCCUGUUAAGUGAUUGAAAUUGAAAUCUAAUUUCAAUGUUGUGCAAUAUUAAGCAUUUGUAAUACUAUUUAUUUACUAUUUAUUGAUUUACUUAUUUAUAUUUACACUUUACAUACCUGAUAUAUGUUUACAUUUAGUGCAUGGAUGUUGGAUACUUUGGUGACCUUUUCACAUUAUCAAUUACUUCAACAGAAAGUUCUGAUGAGCCAUUGUUGACUGUUUAUGUAUGAAGUUGGAAUUUGAUAUUUAUAUUGUUUUGAAUUUUUUAUGCCCCCUUUUGAAAAAAGUGGGGUAUAUUGUUUUGCACAUGUCGGUCGGUCGGUCGGUCGGUCGGUCGGUCGGUCGGUCUGUCUGUCUGUCGGUCGGUCGGAAUACCAAAUGGUUUCCGAUCAAUAACUUGAGAACGCUUUGACCGAGGGACCUCAUACUUGGUAUGUGUAUUGGUCAUCACCAGCAGAUGAACCCUAUUGAUUUUGAGGUCAGUGGGUCAAAGGUCAAGGUCAGUGUGACCUUUACAUGAAAAACGGUUUCCGAUCAAUAACUUGAGAACGCUUUGACCCAGGAACCUCAUACUUGGUAGGUGUAUUGGUCAUGACCAGCAGAUGAACCCUAUUGAUUUUGAGGUCAGUGGGUCAAAGGUCAAGGUCAGUGUGACCUUAACAUGAAAAACGGUUUCCGAUCACUAACUUGAGAACGCUUUGACCCAGGGACCUCAUACUAGGUAGGCUUAUUGGUCAUGACCAGCAGAUGAACCCUAUUGAUUUUGAGGUCAGUGGGUCAAAGGUCAAGGUCAGUGUGACUGUAAGCUGAAAAAAGGUUUUCUGAUUGUCCAUAUUUUAUUUAAGUGUCCAAAUCCUACUAACAAUUUGGCUCCCAAGGGGGCAUAAAUGUUUCACUAACAUCUCUUGUUAACAUUCAUUUGUUGUUGUGUUGAAAUUGUUUAUGUAUACUUGUAGUGGGGCCAUGUCUCAACCAGUGCAAUUUCCUUUGUCUCGUUUGUGCAAUAUCUUUUUAUGUGUAAUUAUUAUUACUAUGUGAAGAGAAAUAAAGGAGAAAAAUGCA